AUGAUGCAAUGUCCAGCCAUCAACACAUUUGUGAAGGAAUUUUUACUCCCCAAAAGAGCGCCCCUCCAUGGCAGGAGAAAAAAGUCCAUUUUUUCUUGUCCCAUAAGGUGAAAAAACACAUUGUUGACUGUCAUACCUGUACGCUUUGUCAUAUUGACACAAAAUUUGACAAUCACAUGUAUCUCAAUAAGAUCUACGAAAAAGUCAAUGCGCGCGUAUCUGUAAAAUGUACGGUUAAAGGGCUAUUUUGCAUUUUUUGCCGAUUCGCACACAUUGGAAUGUGGCUAACUCCUCCUAAGGCUUUCGUCCCACUGACACCAAAUUUGCUCAGGCCAAUCUACACCCCAUGGCCAUUCAAAGUUGUAAAAAUCAUGACGCUGCACCUCACGGUUUACGUUCUAGGGGGCGCCAAAGAUGACCCAAAUAUCCACAUUCUUAAAAGAAUCCACAUCCCCCCCCCAUCCCCCAUCCCCCAUGGCAGGAGAAACAGUCAAGUUUUUCCUGCCCAUCACUCAAUGGCUCAAUCGCAUCACUCUCCCGGCAACACUGUAACGAGGAGCAACUUGCCGUUUGGAUAUAUCCUAGCUGUGUUUGUGCCCUCACUCAUGGUCCAGACUUUUUUCAAAUAGGACAUGUAGUUUGUCUGCAGCGAGUGUUUUGGUAGAAACUGCGCCUCCCAUUCAUUAUAAUGGGAAAUGACCACAGACAAGUGCGCACACCAUCUUUGGACCUUGAGUGUGACGCGAUCGGGAGGGGGAGGCGGUCGCGCUGGGGGCGGCGCAACGCGGCUCGGGCCCGACAGUGCCCCACCGGGGUCCUAGUCUUUCUUGUUCCUCUGUGAUUGAGGUGAAUUCACUCAUAACGAUAAUUGACUGAAUGUAUCCCUCUUUUGGCAGGACAAUGUAAAUGUGAAAUGACAAAGUGACGAGGCCUUUUACCAGAAAAUCCUAUGAAGUUACCCCUGCUUAUGUUUUACAAAGAGAGAGAGAAAGAGAGAGAGAGAGGGCGAGGAAGGAGAGAGAGGGGGAGAAUGGAGGAGAGAGGAGAGAGCUGAGCAUACUGGUGAGUGCUUCAGUUAUAAUUUCAUAUUCAACACUGUACAAUGAAAAAUGAUCAAUACUGGGAAUUGAUCAUUCCACCAUCAAGCAGACAAGCUGGAAAUAAGACUCGGCUUUGGCAGCUUUGGAACUAGAUAUCAGGUUGUUCUAGAGAGACUGUUGCAGAUUAACAGAGACAAAACUUGUAGUGGCUUCUGUUGACUCUCAUUUAGCAUUUGGAAAAAAGCCUAUACUGUUACCUCAGUGGUCAACUGGCAGAAACUGUGUAUCUCCAAGAACCCUGUCUCCAGGAUGGAAAAGCAAAUACAAAACAACUUCUGUUUUUCAAAUAACUGAACACUGAAUAAUAUUCAACCACAACCUUUUCAAAAUAAUCUUUAUUUGUCACAUGUCAGAAAAUGUAUCAAUAGUAAUGAUCAAUAGUAUUGAUUAAUGCAAAAAAAAUUAAUGAUAAAACAUAGAGGUACAAGGUUUCUGCCGUAAGUGAUGUUAUGAGUGUGAUGAGUUUCCUUAACGCUAUAGUUAAAUGACAUAUUGAAUUUGUAAACAGUAAACCAAUUGUAAAUGUAUUAUUAAAUGUGCACUUUGGGACACUGUGCUAUGAAUGUGAAAUGUUACUUUUCAUUUGAAUGCUUAUAGUCAGAAAAGAAAGACCUGAUCUAAAAUGCUCCUGUCCUCUCUUUCAGCCAACAAGGACUGGAAUCAAUUGGAUACUUCAUGUCUCAUGGCUGGGCACACACUGACAGAGAGAACACAAAUCUCUCUGUCAGGCCGGACAGUAAGUUACCUCCGACUUUACUAGCCCCAUCCAGAUUUGUCCACCUCUUAUAAUGUAGUCAUUUCUUUUGUAUUUGGUGUUCACCAGUUUUGAAAAAAAUUGACUUCUUAACAGAAAUGGUCAAAGAUUUCAGCUGUUAGAGCUCAUCUGUAUCCUUGUGGUUUCCCCUGUUUCGUAGUUUGGAUCAGAAAGGAAAGUGGGAGCUGGUGUGCAGUGUUUUAUAAAGGAAAGUGAUCUGUCAGGGGGUUUUCCUCACUGAGGUACUGAGGAGCAAAUUUUGAUAUCAGGUCUGGUGAUUGAUCUGUCCUGUGUGUUAAGGACAAACGUGCACAAGCUCAGGUAAGUUGUUGCAGCACAAGGGGUUGCUGUGGCUCAGUGGUAGAGUCGGUUUUCUCCCAAUCAUGAGGUGGGGGUUUUAGGGUGUGAAUGGAUAAAUUGACAUGUGAUGUAAAGAGCCUUGAGUGGUCAGAAGACUAGUACUAUAUAAAUAUCAAUGUUUCCCCUACAUUCAUUCAGCUGUGGCUGAAUACAAUGUAACAUAGAGGCUACACACAUUUGAUAUGCCAAAAUCUCCGCAUUUUAAUUACUUUAUAAAGAAGGUAAUGCCUUCAGAUAACUUUUAUACUUGUUUGAGUUCAGAGCAUUUGAUUCUUUUGAUUCAAGGCGUCAGAAGACUGUUGAGCAUUAAUGUUACACUUAAAGACUCGACUCUGAGCAUUACAUCAGUUUGAAUUUAGUCACCACUUUGGAUUCAGGACAUUUGUACAGAUGCAGUCCUCUAACCAACUCCUAAGAGAACCAACUUUUAGUUUUACUUUUUCCCCAAGCGUUGCCUGAAGCCAGUUUAGUCUCAGCAGCUGUCGUACUGUGCUCCUGAAAAACCACUGCUGUUGUUCCUUUUUCUUAUUUCUUUUUGAAUCUUGAAGGUGCAGAUGUUUCAGCCAGUAACAAAUGGGCAAAAUUGUAUUGUUCCUGAAUUAUACCGUUCAUAACCUAACUGCUGCUAAUCAUAGUAAACUGACAAUGGAAACCAGAGUUCAAAUAGGCCUGCCUGAACCCAAUCCUGACAAAGGUAAGGUGCCCACGUAAAGCAAAAACAGGAUUCACUUUUAGUGUUUUAUCAGCAUUUAUUGUAAGACAGUAAGCCUGUAACAGGGGACAGCUCUUAGGGCCUGAUUUAGUCUCGUUUGUUCUGACUUUACUGUCAUUACAGGUUGGCUUUGUUUUUGGAACACACACACUAAAAAAGAAAACACUUCAGACUGACUGACUAACACAUGAAACCCUCAAGAAAUGAAAACAUUCCUCAAUCUUUUAGUGGUCUGAGUAGCAGUUGGGUAAGUGACAGCAUCAGUUACCCAAUGAGAACUAAACACAAUUUCAAGAAUGACAGUAGGCUGAAACAUUGAGUGUAGGUCUGUGAGUUUUAAACUGAACCUCAACUGCUUUUGGACCACUGCAACUAUGGUUAUCACAUACAACUGUCUCAAAAUAUUAUGUCAUCUUGAAGUUUCAACAGCUUGUUGGUUUCACAGGUAAAAAGAAGACAGAAAUGACUAACUGUGAAGCAGAUAGACUGACUGAAGUGCAGAGAUGUGUUUCAUUUUCUUUGUCACAACAACUGCCCUUCAAAGUCUGUGCCAUGUCAUAAAAAAGGUCUAGAGAGAUCACAAAGGGGGUGUUUUUUAAGAUCGAUACAACCAUCUAUUCAUCCAAUCAGCCAUCCUUCCAUCUAUCUAUCUAUCUAUCUAUCUAUCUAUCUAUCUAUCUAUCUAUCUAUCUAUCUAUCUAUCUAUCUAUCUAUCACUCGUGCAGCGAAGAGUCAGAUCCAUUCUGUUGGUUUCACAGACCAUUACUUGGUUUUAUCGGAAAUGGUUUUAACCUCUCCUGGAAGGCCCAGGUCAUUCUGGCAUUUUAACAUUAAACUUUUGCAUGAUUUUACCUUUUGUAAUAAUUUUAAACUGUUUUGAGCUCAAUGGAGGUCAAAGAAAGAGGAUUUCUCCUCUCUGAGUCAGUGGUGGGGGGUAGGAAAGGGACAGAUCAGAGUUCUCUGCCAACUGUACACCUCCUACUCCACUGCAAAUGUCCAAAUGGCCAUGGAACAGCUGGAAGCAGAGAUCAGGGAGCUGGAGUGUGUGCCUGUGGAGAACCCUGAACAGUUGCUGUAUAGAAAGCAGAAGCUAAACUCUUUACUCCUGGAGAAAGCUAAAGGAGCCCUAGUUAGAGCCCGCUUCACCACCAUCAGGGACAUUGACGCACUGACUACCUUCUUCUUUAGCUUGGAGAAGUCAGAAAGCUAGCGAAAACAAAUGGUGUGUCUCCGUCUGCCUGAUGAGGGGUUAACAUCACACCCUGCUGAGAUGAGGAAGCAUGCAGUGUCCUUUUACUCUGAGCUGUUUCGGGCUGAACACUGUGAUGUGGAGGCUGCAGCUGAGCUCCUACAGGACCUUCCACAGAUGAGCCAAGCAGAACAGGUUUUAGCUAACAGACUGAAGGUUUUAUGAAUGUAUUUAUUGGUGUUGAUCAGUCUUAUUGCAUCCCUGACAGACAGAUACAAUUUGAAGACAGGAAUAGUUUCUAUUGACCAGGAGAAAGCCUUUGAUUGUGUUGAUCACUCCUCUCUAUUUUCCACACUGCAGACUUUUGGUGUUAGGGAGCACUUCCUGUCCUGGGUGAAGUUAUUGUACAGCAUUGCAUGUUGUGUCGUUAAAGUGGGCGGUAGGCUAAGCAGUCCUGUACCAGUGGAGAGAGAUAUCAGGCAGGGCUGCCCUCUCUCUGGGCAGCUGUAUAGUGUGGCCAUUCAGCCUCUUCUUUGUAGGCUCAGGAGGCGUUUGAGGGGCUUGUGUCUGCCUGAACCAGCUCAGAGCCAGCGUUUAGUAGUGUCAGCUUACGCUGAUGUGUUUUUGUAAAUGUUUUUGUCCAGGCCCAAGGGGACAUCCAGGAACCUAAAGGGCAUUUCCUGUUUCUUUCUGAGAAGGCUGCAUCAGCCGAAGUAAAUUGGCAAAAAAGCAAGGCGUGUUUAGCCGGCCACUGGAGUACAGGGAGUACCCCUAGUCUUCCUGGUGGCCUUAGGUGGGGCAGCAGAGGGCUAAAGGUCUUGGGAGUGUAUUUGGGGAGUGAGGAAAUGACUGCAAAAAACUGGGAGGGAGUGCUGGAAAAGGUAAAAGCCAAUGUAUCUAAAUGGAAAUGGCUGCUACCUCAGAUGUCCUACAGGAUGAAGAGCUUUGAUCGUCAAUAAUCUGGUUGCCUCGUCUCUGUGGCACAGACUCCAAGUAGCAAACCCACUGAGUCUCGUGGGACAGCUGCAGCAGCUCCUGGUGGACUUUUUCUGGUCAGGUCAUCACUGGCUAUGAGCAUCAGUCCUGUACCUUCCUGUGGCAGAGGGACGGCAGGGCUUGAUAGACAUUGCCUCAAGGACUGCUGCUUUCAGGCUUCAGGCAACUCAGCAACUGCUGUACAGACGCUCUUUCUGCUGGUUGGCUGUUGCUCGGCUGCUGCUCCGAUUAGGCUGGGCGACUCGGUCUCGACAAACAACUGUUCCCUCUGACACCCCCUGAUCUGUGCCUCGCUCAACUGGCACCUCUAGCUAAUGGGAAGAGCAGUAAAAACAAAGUUCUUGGAGUGGGCUGGACUGACCCGGUCUGUUGUCUGAAGGGUUUGGUAACAGGCCGUCUCAGACUUGAAUACACGUUCUAUAAACUGACAAAUAAUUUAGAUGGUUUUAGGGAUGUGUGGGCUGUCAGACAGGUUCUAUGCUCACUGGAGAAGAAUGGCUCCUUAGUGAUUGACUUCUAAAGGACUAGGUUUAAGUGUGUGUGUGUGUGUGUGUGUGUGUGUGUGUGUGUGUGUGUGUGUGUGUGUGUGUGUGUGUGUGUGUGUGUGUGUGUGUGUGUGUGUGUGUGUGAGUGUGUGAGUGAGUGAGUGUGAGUGUGUGUUGGUAUUUAAUCAUGUCUUAUUAAAAUGUAAUUUGUUUGUAAAGAAUGUCAGAAUGUCUCAUAAAUAAAGUUUGUUCAAAGUCUAUCUAUCCAUCCAUCUAUCCAUCCAUCCAUCCAUUCCUCCUCUAAAAGAAAGCAGGCUUCGUAUUCUGAUUGGAUGUUUCAUCCCUCCAGGAUGUUCGAGGUCUCUGCUUUGUUAAAAGCGUCUGUCUUUUAAUGAACGUGAAAUAUCCCUAAUAUACUGCUGCCAGAGGAGGUCCCUUAAAGGCAUCCUUAUAAGAAACCAGAUCCACCUUAACUUCUAAAUGAAAGGAGAAGCAGCUCUACUCCAAGCUCCCCUUGAAUGUACAAGCAUAGGACUCUUUUUCUAAAGCUGAGCAGCCACCUUGCAAAGGGAAACUCAUUUUAGCUGCUUGUAUCGAAGAUCUUAUUCUUUCUGUCAUUACCCACAGCGCAUGACUGUAGGCGAUGGUUAAAACAUAGAUGGACCAGUAAAGCUUUUUUGCCUCUCACAUUCACAAUCCACUUUUACUUUGCCUUGUGGUAUGGGCUCACGUCCCACCAAGGGAAGGUAAUCCAGGUCAUGCAUAUGCUUUUGGAUGGUGACUGUUAUCCUGCUGUUCACUAUUGCCAAAUUUUUUGCCAUUAUUUGAAUGACCCAGGGCUUGAAAAUUGGCAUUAAUGGGUGUGAACGUGUGAUGAUCCUGUGACAGAAGACAUUUUUCAAUGUCUUUUCAGCUAGAAUGGCUCUAGACAUUUUUAAAUGUCUUGUAAAGCUGUGAAUCCAAAAAGUAAAUCAACUCAAGUUCGAAAAAAAAAGGAUCCAGUGAUGUUGAAAAUGUAAAACAAAACUAACAUGUCAGUUAAAGGUGGGGUAGGCAGGAUCUGAGGAAGUGCCAGUUUUAGGGAGAAAUCUUGAAUGUAAACACUACUCCAACCAGUUUUCCCCUCAGCUCCUGCUCACCCCUCUCCGCUCCAGCAAGCCCUGCCCACAAACAGACACUACUGCUCGCUCGUAUCGUUCCAAUUAAAUUCAGAUAUAAUGCAGAUAAAUACUUCAGAUAAUUACAAAUGGAGCCUGGUCAAUGUGAAAGUAAAAAGCAUUGUUGCUACUGUAGAUGCCAACAGACUACUAGCAAACACAAUGUUUGCAGGACUUCUAAAACUAGGAUAAAAUGACAUAUUCCAGGACCUGAGGUCAACAGCUUAGUAGCGCUACAACACGCAGCAGGUCCCGUUUGACAAGAAAUACUUCUGUGACACUUAGCUUACUUUAUUAAAGCGGUUUACCUGUCCAGCAGCAAGGUUACAGGGUCCGUAAGAUCCCAUAAAUGCCGCCAGAGUCCCCGGUAUUUAGUUCAUUUUCUUGUUGGCAGUUCUUGUGUUGGCAGCAGGGCCAAAGGAGGAUUCAGAUGAUUUUCUGUAUUUUCUGGUUGGUUUCUACUGUCUGAUAUUGUAGCACGCUGACUUUGUUUGGGCUCCUGAACGACACGGGGGAGCAGCGUCUGCCUCACAACCAAUCAGGAUGGGGGAGGCGGGGAAUGGCUUUGUUUACAGUCAGAAAGAGCAGAGGCGGAGCACUCUAAAAUUUUAAAAUGUUGACGACACAGACAUAACAAAACACAGCGAUAUCAUUAUACAACCAAAUGUCAUCAAUAACUAAUAGCUAUUGGCUGAUAUUAAAAGCUUUUUUGUAUAUACACCACAAAAAAGAUGCUUCUUUAACAGAAUCCUGCCUCACCCACCUUUAAGAACGCUUCCUCAACCUUUGUGAAAGCAGUUUAAGUUACCUUGACAUAACCCUGAAAACACUCUCCAUAAACCUACUUAAAGAGGACAUGAAACACUGACCCAAGUUAUCAUUAUUUUUUAAGAAUGCCUCUCGACUUCACAAAUCACUAUAUUCAUGACUCUCAAAAUGUAAUACAUUUCUAGAAAACUGUGACAGAAGUUCCACUUUGGCGACACUGUGGGGAACCAUAAAGCAGUGCCACUUAGCGUUAUGUAAUGGGUUGUGUAGCCUGUGUAUUGACUGAAUUGAGAUUGAUUGAAUGAGAACAGAUUAGGAUGGCUGAAAUGGCGAAUGAGAGCCAAAGACGAGUAAACUCACUAGAGGAGGGGUAUUUUUAUUUUGUGCCAGGCUGCUCCAACCAAUUUUACAACUUAAGAAAGAAAAAAAAGGUUGCAUUUUUAUCAUUUGCUGCUGAAAUUAUAAUUCCCGUUUACAUCCUGUUUAAAUUCCGUUUACAACCUUGCGGUCAGUGUCUCAUCCAUUCGUGUGAAAAAUUAAAGUUUUUAGCGCUGUUUCUGGUCGGCCAGCUAAGUCGUUUAUUUCCCGGUCUUCUUCCACCGGGACACAGAACGCAUCUCGGUUCGGGUGCGGUGAGUCAGUCACGGCCUGUCUGGACCUGUGGUCAGGACUCAGGAACAAGUCCAGAGAUGCUCCUGCUGUCAGUCUCUAUCAGGACACCUGAAGCUAAAGCGAGCAAAAACUUUUUUUCACACAAUGCAAAUGGAUGAAACGCGCUGACCGCGAGAAACAGGAUGUAAAUAAUAACGGUGGAUUAUUAAACUACUGGAGCUGGAUGACUGAUAAUGCUGAUUGUUUUAGACUCCAGAGUGAAGGUAAGAAAUAUUUCCUGAAGGUCUGAUCAAUUAUGUCUCUGCUCGGAUGUGUGGUGGACAGAGUUUAGGACGUUUUAUAUUUUCACGUACACUAAUUACUAUUUCACCGCUCUGGAGAGGAAGACAGCUGCAGCGCAAAGAUGGCGGACCCAAAGAUGAAAAAACGCAAUAACAAAACGCAAUACAUUUCCGCAUCACCUCCGAUUGGCGGACCCAAAACAAUUACUUCCGGUGGAUAGGCUUUCUCGUUGGCGGACUUCCGGCGCCGAAAUACUUCAGGUAGUCGGAUUUAGUCGCCGGAUCCUUUUUUUUUUUGCUCCGUUCAUUCCAUAAGAAUCGAAUUAAAUUUAUUAUUGAGCAAAAUAAAACGUUUAUGUAUCAAUUAUGACUACUGUUUUGUUCUGAUUUAAUUCUGAAGUUUACAGUAAUAUGUAUAUAUAGCCUGAUGUCCUCAUAUUCUGAUAAUUUGUCAGAAUAGGUAAAUGUAUGUAGAAGUUAUCAUCUUACUCAAAUUCUUUUGUAAGAGUUUGCUACAAGUAUGGACUGUUUUAACCUCUCGUUACACAUCAUAUAAGAGUGUUUUCUAACUUUUCUCUCCAAUAGCUUUAUUACACAGCACAUCAAUGUUUCUUAACUUCUCUGUGACCUUGUUUCUCCACUCCUAUUAGGACCUCGUUUAAUGUCAACAAUGUUGCCCUGACCCUCACAUAUUUUCUGUUGUUCAUAAUUAUGUUUUAUGAGAGUGCUUAUGUUGCUGCACAUAUUUUUCCCCCCAUCCUUUAGUAACAUUGUGUAACCAGGGACAUAAUUUAUGAAAUGGUGUGCUUCCUGGUGAACCUCUUCAGGAUUGCUUGACUGUGCAAAAUCCAAGUAUACAAUAGUUGUAGAGACACAAGUCACAUGAUCUCUUUAAGGUUCAGAAGAGCCAUAUAGCAAAAACAAUUGAAUAGCGAUAUCAUUACAGACUGUGUAAAGAAAUGGGAAAUUGUCAUACAACUGCUUUGAAGAUUUCUUUAAUGUUUUCCAAACAAAAUUGUGAACAGUAAAAAAUAUAUAUAUGUAUACAAAAUUCAGAGCACUGCCGUCGGUGUGGUGGGGGGCUUAAAACACGUUGCCACAGGCCAUCAUCAGCUCUGCUCUGAACCGGUUGAUGCCAUGCUCCUUCAGUGCUUUGAUCAAAAGCUGAAAAACAGUCAAAUAAUGUGAACAAUUGAAGUUAUGCAGUAUGGGUUAAUUGUUGUUCUUGAGCUUUCCAAAUGAAUAAGAACAACCUCUUAACAAUAUCAUCAAUUUUCAAAGCAAGCUAUAUAGUUUGAUCUACUCACCUCUGGGAGCAUGACAUCAAAAACGAAAUCAAGCAGAUGAAUCUCGCCUCUCUUUAUUUUUUUAGAAAUGGUUGUUGCCUCCUCAAUGAACCGCAGGAGCUCGAACAUCUAUUGAAGAAAAACACACAAAGUAAACACCUUUCAAAUGUUACACCCCUGAGAGUAAAAAUACUCAUGAUGGAUGGCAUUUUUACUUACGCGCUGCUCACUCCAACUUAAUGUCCUUAUCUUGAGGUGCUGCUUUAGUCGGAGUGAGGUGGCGGGAUUCCUCCAAAGGAACAUUCUGUUGGAGCGGAUCUUUCCAGACAGUAGAUCAUCGUGUAAUGUCUGAAACCAAAGAGCAAGAGACAAAAAUGUAAUCAUCUGAAAAAGAAACGGUGGCUUUAACAACUGAUAGUGCAUUCAAAAGCAACCUUGAUCUGUGUCUUAGAAAAGACAGCAUGAAUUCCUCCACUGUCAACAGCAUCCUUGAUCCUGCAGAGAAAUAAGAAAAAGAGCAAGCCCUCAUUUUUUCAUCCUUUGAGCCUCGUAUUUUUGACUGAUACUAUGUUUCCUUGAUAAAUUAUGUUAUACCGAGGAUGCUCAAUGGAGUCCUCGCACCCGCAGUCAAACGGCUCCAUUUCAAUCCCAGCACAAUCCUGAUGCAGCCAGCCCCUGCACGUCUUGCACUGGACCCAUUUCAUGAAGUUUACCUCAGGGUAAAGCAAUCUGAUCAAAUGAGAGACAAACAUAAUAUUAAACAAACACGCUGUCCAAUUGAUUAUACCUCUGCAGCACAUUUGAAUGUAUAAAUAAUUUUCCUGCAUGAUUCGUGCAUUUAAACUAUAUGUAAAAGUGGUCACUUCAUGGAAAAUCACUGAAUAGGCCCCGAUAAUUGCAUUUAUUAAAUUGAGUCUGCAACACACCUCUCUCCUGUGUUGUUCGAUGUCUGGUAGACACAGAAUUGCAUUGAAUCUGCCAUGCACAUUCUUUGGACAUCCGAUGCCGUCUGCGUCAUGGUUUCCUUAACAAGGCAAUUUGAAAAGUAACAUCAAUUACCAAAUACAUCGAGACAAUGUUGAUCCAUACAACUGUGUGCAUUUUGAAGGACUCCCACUGAGAUAAUACUGUUUUUAGAAGGCAAUUUUCUAACCUCUAUGUCCUGCUGCUCUGCCUUCCUCUUUAGACUGAAGACCGGAGUAUGCUCUCCAGCAAUGAGCUCUUGACAUUCUUUGGUCCAGUGGGCGAAGAUUUUCCCACAACUGUAAUGACAAUAUAUCUUUAAGUACAAUAUAUUGAUUGUCUUCCAGUUAAUUAGGACAUCUAGUUUACUUAAACUGUCUACCUGUUCAAAGAAUUGUUCUCCAGGAGCAACAGGCACCACCAUCGCCGCAAAACAGGCAUGUCAUGCUGAAAUUGUUGUUUGUAUUUCAUUUUAGUGCACAAUACAAAAUACAAUCUUGAGGAUGACACUGCGUGUUGAAAAGUACUUACAACUGAGUAGUCAAACUGUGACUCCAUAACGAUGUACAUGGCAGACUUUAAAAAAAAAAUUAUGAGACAACAUGUGAGAUAACUUUAAAAAAGUCCAUGUUGGAAAGUUAUUCUAGAUACAAUAUUUGUGCAUUACAGCUCGUUAUGACCCACCAUCAACAUGAAUAUGCCACAGUCUGAGCCGAAGUCCUGGCUGGGGAAGCCCUGAUUUAACAAAAGCAAACGUUAAUCAUCUUGUCACAUACACUUUGUAGGAGCCAGAUUGGGGUUUUGCAGUUUAUUGUUAUGUAUUUUUGUGCCAGCAGAUGGUGCUAUUGUGCCUGUCUAUUUAAUGGGUGGGUUGAUUAGGAGAGGUGCGCACAUAAAAUGAUGAAUGAGUAAAUAAAUCAAAACAACAGAAAAUGUGUGUGACAUGUGACAUUAUUCCACCUGCGGGCCCGCAUCAAAUCAAGCAAAAAGGUGUUCGCCACAAGUAACAGCAUUGGAAAGCUGUUAUACACUUUUCAACUGUAAUAUAGAGCAUGCACAAAUACCUCCAAAUCUCUGCCCGUUUUCUCAGUCCAUUGCCCUGGACAUAUCUUCUGCGCAAUGUUCCUGUUAAUUUGAGAGCGUCACUUAGAUUUCCCAUGAUGGAAACAAUGGAAUGCAGGGUUAGGGUUAGUUUGAGUGGGUCGGAGGUGAGAUUGAAUGAAUGCGGACGGCUUGCUUCUUUUCAAACUUCCUGAGAGUUCUUCUUCUUCUGUAAAUUUUGCCGUCAGAAAGUGUAGGUGCAUACCGCCACCUACUGUUCUGGCAUCGCAAAGCGGAAGUUCAUGUUUUGGGUCCGCCAAUCGGAGGUAAUGCGGAAAUUCAUUGCGCCAAUCGGAGGUAAUGCGGAAAUGUAUUGCGUUUUGUUAUUGCGUUUUUUCAUCUUUGGGUCCGCCAUCUUGCGCUGCAUCUGGGUACUCUUGCCGCUCUGUUCCUGCACAACCCGUGACGUCACAACUGUCUUAAACUCAAGAUGGCACUGUGCGCAUGUCGUAAAUACACUCUUGAAAGUUGUUUUCCUAUUAAACAGCAGAUUUUUUUACACACAAAAAACUAUAUAUAUAUAUAUAUAUUUCAGACUCUCUUCUAAUUGAUUUUUUUACCACCUGAGGAUGCUAAUGUGGUGUUUUUCAUGUCCUCUUUAAAGUAUAUACCAGAGUAAAUAAUGUAUGUCCAUUAUAAUUUUCAGAAAGGAUAUUAUCGGUUUGCAUCAGCACAGGAAAACAUACAGUUUGCAUUUGCAAAUGAACUCUGCCUGGUUGAAAAGUUAGUGUGGGACCACCAAUAUGGGCUUUCUGCAGAAUGUGGAUCUGUGAGUUGGAGAUGUAAAAAUAGAGACAGGGAUUAGGCAAUCUGUUGCUCUUUUUAAUUUUUUUUGAGUAGCCAUUUUUGUCUUGGUGCAUUGCCAUUGGGGGAUUAGCAAGCAUUGAUGUUGUUGUUAUAUUUUAGUGUGCAGAAUACUGCAAACAGUGUGUGCCAUGAAAGCUAAUGUGAGCCUGUGUUACUGUGUGUGCAGGCGGGCCCUGAUUAACCGCCUCAUGUGACUGCUGCAAAGACAACUCUGUCCAUUCUCUCACACCAGGCGUCCCGCUGUCACACAUCACUGUUUUUGUCCCUUUUUUUAUUACUGUCUCUUACUUUCUCACAUUUUUCUGUCUUUUCUCACCCUUCUCUCAGUCAAAAGAAACACGUCCUUAUCAGCUUUCUUUCUGUGUGUUUUCACUUGUUUGUACUAUUACUGAGGGGAUCAUCAUAGUCAGUCUUGGAGAGUGAUUGCUGGGGAGAUCCAGGUCUAAAAGCUUGUGAAUUAUUUCGAUUUUUUGGUAAAUAACGGUUUUAAUAACCUUCCUCCUGUGUUAGCUUUUACUAUACACCCACCUUGUUAAGGGUCAGUUUUGACCCGUGUCUUAAAUCAGCUGUAAAUUACACUUAAAACAAUUCUCUAUCAUCUAAUUUGGUUACUGCAGGCUACCUUCAUUACCCAUGAAAAUAUUGCUUAUAAUAGUUUUUUUAGUGGGCCUCUGGGCCUUUAUUUGUCAGUAUACCUCUCACACAGACAUUUAUACUGAAUUUAUCUUACAUGUCUGGACACGCCCGACAUUGUUUUUUGUGCGGGGAAAAACAUAGAAAAUGAGACUUUCCUCAAUCUCACAUAAUUGGAAGAGAAUCUGACUGACAGUGCACUUAUGAUUUUAGUUUUUGCUCUAAUUAUUAGAUAUUGAUCUAACUGGGUCAACAGCGACCCCAACACAACAAGUGCCAUAAUUUUAAUAAGAACAUUUUAUAAUUUAGUCAAUUUAUUUUUAAUUUUUAUUUUGUUGAAAUAGAUGUUCCUGACAAAGUCAAAAAGUCUUGAUGCAAAAAAGCUAUUUUAAGUGUUUCUUCUAAGCAUUUAACACAAGAGGAGGGAUAAAUAAAUAGGUGAAAUACAGGACAGUUGAAAAAAAAUUAUCUCUUUAUCUUAUUGAUUUUAAAUUGCUUGAAUCUCAUUUUAGAGAUUUUAAAAAUAGUAGAGUAAUAGAAAUAGUAAUGCCAUUUUGAGCUGCUGGGAUCAUUCAGUGCACCAUCGUUAGUGCAUCUCACAGAGUAGUUUUUCUGGUGUGCUGUCCCAGGUGUUGAAUGCUAUGUCACACAGGAUGGGCAAGUAUGUCCAAUUCCCACACACUCGAGAAGCAGUAAAUAACACAAAACAGGCUAAUUCUUGGGAGACUGUGGCUGAGUGCUGAGGAGCUCUGGGUCUCAAAGCUUGUUGUUUAUUUCAUUUUUCUGGUAAUGACUGUUUUCAUAAACAAUUAGGUCGACACGGAACAGUCAAAAAAAUGCAUCUCUUUGUCUUAUUGAUUUUAAAUGGUCUGAAUCUUUUUUUUUUUAAUUUCAAAAUAUUUUCUUGCAUCAGUAAAGUACUUUUAAUUCCCUUGCGUAUGAAUAGUGCUAUACAGAUAAACUUCCCUUGCCUUUUAUGCAGUACCCCAAAAUGAUAGGCGCAACUCCAUGGCUUCAAACUUCAUUUUUCAUCUACCACUCUGCUCUCAAAAAUUCUCCAUGGUAACAACCGAUAGCACACGCAAAAUCCUCAUUUAUUAGGGCGGUCCGUACUACACACAAUGAUAGUAGAUCACCCGCAACACGCCUCCUAACAGCGCAUACAAUUUUUUUGUUUGCACAUGCGAUCUUAGUAGAUCAGGGCCCGUAUGCACGUUGAAAGCGUUUAGCAUAAACGCGAUUAGGGCUUAAACGCGUUUAGUUAUACGGGCCUUAAACGCGUUUAGUUCCUAUACGAUUUUGGUAUGCACAAUGCUGUAAACGGAACCGUAUAGCUAACCGCGUUUACUGUGUCUUAAACGGUAAAGAUAUUUAUAGAAUUGGGUCAACCGGUCUGUUUUAAGUGUUGUGUACUUUCGGUUGAGAACGGCCGUUUUCAACCAUGGAUAAGCCGGCUAAACGUGUACGGAAGUCAAAUUUCAGCGACGAAGAAGUCCCAGUACUUCUUGAAGAAAUACAACUUGAGCAUGUAACGUUACCACUUCGUGGUCGUCAUACAUGUCGAAGGGGUGUUUUCUGUCACGAAAAAUCCUGUUUCAAUGCAAUUGUCGCCGCUGUCUUCCUUGGAACAACAAGAGUGCCGCCAUAUUUAAACGCGUUUAGACCCGCUAUUGGACCCCCAGAGGUGCGAUAACUUUAAACGCGAAAAUCCGUAUAGGAACGGCUAUACGAAGUGACGUGCAUACCGACAUUUUUGGCAUUUAGGAGUUAAACGCGUUUAGCCCGCUAAACGCGUUUUGCCAAGCAACGUGCAUACGGCUCCAGGUCCUUAGCAUGUAUGUGGUGGUUAAACAUCUCACUCCAAACCCACUUAAAGAACUCAGGGGGACUCAAAGCAAAUCAGCUGAUUUUUUUACCAUGUUAACUGAUUUUCUCAGUUGAGCUCAUUUUUUGUGCAGGGCAUUCCCAUUUUGUUAAAAAAAAAAAAAGUCACCUUUGCUCAGACUCAAGCAUCUCUGUGUCCAUCAUCAUGCCUGUGUUUUUGUGUGUGUCUGUAUAUGUGUGUGUGUUGUGUUUCAGGCCUUUGGGGGCCUGUGCUCACUGAAACAGAUUAAGUUUGGUCCUUAGCACAUAUAAAUACGCAGCAUGUGAAUCUGGGUCAGCCACAAUGGGAAGAAAACCAGGAGGCAGUGAUUCUAACAGGAUGUGCGUAUCCAUUUAGGAAACACCAGGAAACAGAAGUUCAUGAUGGGGGCAGAGACAGCCUGUAAAUCUCAUUGAAGACACAAAAAACUUUCUAAGGCCCGAACUACACGAAUGCGGAUAUAUUUCAAACCGCACAUAUUUAUGUCCGAUUAGGCCUCCCUACCACACCAAAACGGGAGUUUGGAGCACUCAAACCGGAUUAAUCUGAAUCCGGAAAAACAAGUGGAGAAAUAAAAAAAUAUCUGUAUCCCGUAUCCGUAGUGGAUUCGUGUGGUUGGAUUUUUACGGAUCGAUGACGUCAAACCGCAGCUCGCGCAUGCGAAUUAAAAAGAAAAAUAACAACAACGAUGGCGGACAGACAGGGUAUUCUUUACGUUUGUUUUGCCCUUUUGGGGCUAAUUUCAGCCUUGCAAGUGAAGCUUGUUUUAUACAAUUACAUCCACCAGUCAGUCAGCCCACAGACGCGUCUGCUGCGGCCAAUACUUUUAUUGGUCACAUGGUCCGUCACAUGGACCCGACGCACUAGCGUAGCUUCCGCAAACAAUGCAUGACGCAUCACGCUGUUACGAUUCAUCGGCCAAUCAGUUAGCUUUGUUCCUGAAUUUUUUUUAAGCGGCACCAGAUAGGAUUGAGUUUGAAGGCUACGUGUGGACGCAGAUAUUUUUGAGAACGAACACGUGUGGACAGAUACAUUUAUUUAGAUGGGAGUACAAAAAUAUCCUGAUAAAUAAAUAUCCAUAUACGUGUAGUCCGGGCCUAAGUCUGAUACCUGAUGAGGCUUGGAAUUUCACUUUGUCCUGCUUGUAAAUUGUAAUUGUAAUUUCAGGGCUGGUGUUAUUUUUGGGCCAGUGGUUACUGGCAGCAGUUUCUGAUGGUUUGAUAAACUGAUCUGACAACUGUUAAUCAAAUCACUGAAUACAGGGUCAGUUUUACCACAUUGUUUGAGACAGUAUGUCUAAAACGUGCAGUCAUUAUUUUUGUAUUCAAACACAAACAUAUUUAAAUGAUACUGAGACAAAGGUCACAUGGCUGGUUGUUGCUUCUUAAAAGCAUUUACCUUAGAGUGUAGAGCACAUUUCAAGAGGCAAAACCUCCAAGUGACAUCACUCUGCUGUUAUUUGAGGUAACUGUUCUUGUUAAACCAACAGUUGCUGUGUCAGGUGAGACUGUCAUAGUUGGGAUCUCUGGCUGUUUAUUUUUUGCCUUGAAUAGAUUGUUCAUGGUGGAAAUGGUUAUUAGUACAUGAUAGUAUGUGUGAAUGUUAAUGUACAGUGCAUCAGGAAAGUAUUCAUACCACUUCACUUUUUCCACAUUUUGUUAUGUUACAGCCUUAUUUCAAAAUGGAUUAAAUUCCCUUUUUCCCUCAAAAAUUUUACACAAAAUACCCCAUAAUGACAAAGCGAAAAACUUUUUUUAGAACAUUUUGCAAAUUUAUUAAAAAUGAGACACUCAAAUGUUGCAUAUACAUAAGUAUUCACACCCUUUGCUAUAAAACUCAAAAUUGAGCUCAGGUGCAUCCUGUUUCCACUGAUCAGCCUUGAAAUGUUCCUCCAACUUGAUUGCAGUCCACCUGUGGCAAAUUCAGCUGAUUGGACAUGAUUUGGAAAGCCACACCUGUCUAUAUAAGAUCCCACAGCUGACGGAGCACGUCAGAGCACAAACCAAGCCGUGAAUUCAAAUUGUCUGUAGACCUCGGUGCACAGAUCUGGGGAAGGUUACAGAAAAAUAUCUGCUGUAUUGAAGAUCCCAAAAAGCACAGUGGUCUCCAUCAUUGAGAAAUGGAAGACGUUUGGAACCACCAGGACUCUUCCUAGAGCUGGCCGCCCAGCCAAAAUGAGCAAGCAGGGGAGAAGGGCCUUGGUCAGGGAGGUGACCAAGAACCCCGAUGGUCACUCUGACAGAGCUCCAGCGUUCCUCUGAGGAGAUGGGAGAACCCUACAGAGGGACCACCAUCUCUGUAGCACUCCACCAGUCAGGCAUUUAUGGGAGAGUGGCCAGACAGAAGCCACUCCUCAGUAAAAAGCACAUGACAGCCCGCUUGGACUUUGCUAGAAGGACUCACAGACCAGGAGAAACAAAAUUCUCUGGUCUGAUGAAAUGAAGAUCAAACUCUUUGGCCUGAAUGCCAAGCGUCAUGUCAAGAGGAAACCAGGCAACGCUCCUCGCCAAUACCAUCCCUACAGUGAAGUAUGGUGGUGGCAGCAUCAUGCUGUGGGGAUGUUUUUCAGCGGCAGGAACUGGGAGACUUGUCAGGAUCGAGGGAAAAAGGAAUGCAGCUAAGUACAUUGAAAUCCUUGAUAAAAACCUGCUCCAGAGCACUCGAGACCUUCGACUGAGGCGAUGCUUCAUCUUCCAGCAUGACAAUGACCCCAAGCACACGGCCAAGAAGACAAAGGAGUGGCUUUUGGACAAGUCUCUGAAUGUCCUUGAGUGGCCCAGCCAGAGCCCAGACUUGAACCCAAUUGAACAUAUUUGGAAAGACCUGAAAGUAGCUGUGCACCGACGCUGCCCAUCCAACCUCACUGAGCUUGAGAAGAUGUGCAAGGAAGAAGGGGAAAAACUCCCCAAAUCCAGGUGUGCCAAGCUUGUUGCAUCAUACACAAGAAGACUGGAGGCUGUAAUCGCUGCCAAAGGUGCUUUGACCAAGUUUUGAGUAAAGAGUGUGAAUCAUACUGUAUAAAGAAUGGACAGAGUCUGCCUCCUUGCUGGGUGAAGCCACUCUGAGAACAGCACCCUCUGUUGAUGGGCUGCAGUAUAGGUCAUAAAUCCCGCCUCCGCCAGCGAAGCUUAUGGGGCUGUGGACAAACUUUAGAAAUUUUUUACACAGAAUAUACAUUUUUCUCCCUGGUUGUGAUGUUGACAUGUAGUUAUUGUAAGACUAGUUUGUGCUCAAGUCCUCUUUUUUCUGUGAAGCUCAGUUUUUAAAAGUUAUUAGGGGGUUCAUGUUUUCUAUGAUUGACACUUGAUACAGCCUAUGGGCGUUCAGGGAUUGCGUAGCUCACCCGAGGGAUAUGCUGUUUGAGCCAAGCGUCAUCACAGCGACUCUCGGCAACUGCGCGGCCGAAUGCGCGCUUCGCUACUGCGCAGCGCUGGUUUCAGGAAAUGAAGAAAAAUCCCAGAAAUAUCGAGAGCUAUUUGGCUUCAAAUCCCUAUACAGGCGGUAGGCGGAACCAAGUUGUCCAUAGUAUAUACAGUCUAUGGUGUGUAUACUUAUGUAUAUGCAACAUUUGAGUCUUAUUUUUAAUAAAUUUGCAAAAUGUUCUAAAAAAAGCUUUUCGCGUUGUCAUUAUCAGGUAUUUUGAGUAGAAUUUUUGAAGGUAAAAGGGAAUUUAAUCCAUUUUGGAAUAAGGCUGUAACAUAACAAAAUGUGGAAAAAGUGAAGUGGUAUGAAUACUUUCCGGAUGCACUGUAAAUAAAAGCUCUGCUUUUUUCUGAAUUUUUUUUCACUCUGGUCAUUUCACUUUUAACAGAGAACAGGAUUCACUUCGUAGCUUUCUUUGUCAUCAUUCUUACUUGUAAUCUGGCAUAUUGAGCUCUUGGGAGAAAAUUGGCUCUCAAUACAUAGAGAUGGAUGGCACCCCUCAUGAGCUUAAAGACUACAUUUAGUGUGCCCUGUGGAUGGGCAGCUGACUCCCUGUACUAACCCACCUUCUAAAGCCUAACACAAUUUUACAUCAUCGACACCUUCAUUUCAGCAGAGAGGCCCCUUUUGUUUUUGUUUUUUUGUUUGUUUGUUUUGUUUUGCUUGUUUGUUUUUUGUUUUGUUUUCUGUUUUUUUUUUUGUUUUGUUUGUUUGUUUGUUUUUAAUUAACAAAAGGAACCAAAACUAAAUUUACUGAUAUGUUGUUAAAUAAAACAACUGUUGAAUACUGGGCAAAAAGCCCUCUGUGUACUUAAUGUAACUUACCCUAUCCUUUCCAUUGUGUAGUCUGUGUGAGGAUUGUUUUCAUAGUGCACAACAUAGUUAUGGCAUAUAUACAUACAUACACACACACACACACACACAUAUAUAUAUAUAUAUAUGUGUGUGUGUGUGUGUAUAUAUAUAUAUAUACACUAUAUAUAUACACACACAUAUAUAUAUAUGUGUGUGUGUGUGUGUGUGUGUGUGUGUGUGUGUGUGUGUGUGUGUGUGUGUGUGAAUGUGGUGCUCCAUAUUUUUGACUAAUUUGUCCUUAUAUGUUUUCUUACAGAUCAUUUCAAGCCAACUUCCAUCUUCAGCAAGAGUAUCCUCCAUCCAGGCUCCCAGCCAAAGAAACAGACUCCACCAGUCCACAGUGGAACCCUGGACCUAAAGCAGUCUGGCACAUCUCAGCUUUUGAUUACAAAGGGGAAACUGGCACCAAAAAAUAAGAAUGGGAUUUUGUUUUUGCUGCUCUUCUUCCGUGCCAGCAGAGGGAGGUAUACAAGCAUUACCUGAGAUUGAAGCAAGUGCUGAAGAUAAGAAGACGUCAUGGAAUUCAUCCACCAUCUCAGCCUUUCAGCCUCUCAGAUGGAAGUAAAGAAAAAAAAAGGUCCAGCUCUGCUCCAGUACGCUGAUGAUUUCAUUCUUCGUAUUACAGCUGCUAACAUUACACAAGGAAAAAAGGUAUCUGUGCUACAAGCAUAAUGGCAUGCUAGGAUCCUUGAUUUCAAUGUCCUGUGCUCCGGCUAGCACCGACCUCCUGCCUCUCUCCCUCUUCUAUCUCCUCUCAGAGAAAAAAAACAAGUAAGGGAAGAGGGAUCGACCUUUAUUUAGGCUUUUCUGGUACUAAAGACUUCCUAUUACAUUAACCACCAUGAAGGAAACAAAAGGAUUUGUCUCAUUGAAUGAAAAAGACAAUGAUAACGGUGUACACACUAACACACACACACACACACACACACACACACACACACACACACACACACACACACACACACACACACACACACACACACAGAGUAGUGGUGUGUUGGUGUGUUUCUAUUUACGGUUUGCUCUGUUUCUAUCGACAUUCCAGAUUGGAACUCUUAAAACCUCUUGCUUCCACUCUUCUUCGAAUUUCUUGAAUGCUGAGUCUUCUUUCUUUCUAAUUCCCGUCCAAUAAUCUUGCCAUGUCUUUAAAGAAGUGUACAGUGGAUUUAAAAAAAAUGUAGGAAUUUGGAAUGCAUGGAACUUUAUAUCCAAGACCUUACACUGUUCAUCAUCACUAAACAGAGGCCAUAAGAAAACUGGGAUACACAUUUGAGCAAGAAAAUGUAAACUCUUAACAAAGAAGAAAGAUUUCUGGAGCAACACACAGGAAUUGAGCCACGGGAAUAAGAGGAGCCUUUUGUGGUUUUUUACAGAACACAAAUCUGGAUGGGUAAUCAGAGUGUUUGUGAUUGGGUUGUUUUUCAGCCAUUAUAAAGCCAUUAAGACAACAUUUACCUGCACUUCUUGUGGUAGUAGGGUUCUUUGAAACUGCUCCACAACAUGGCCCUCAUCUAUUUCACAUGUUGUAGAUGGUUGUCAUUUCUUUGGUCGUCUUUUAUUGUUUUCUAAUUUAGAGUUUAGUUUUGUUAUUUGCCUGGUUUUUACUUUUUGUUACAGGUUACCAAUAUCGCCUUAAUCAUUUAAGAAUAUUUUAUUUUGAAGUCAAAGUGGCAUAUUUUUUAUUACACCCUGUGAACACAUAUUUUCAUCACGCACUUUUUUCAUGUAGUUAUAUCAGCUGGAACACUGGCCACAGUGAGAUUAAUUUAUAUUUUUAAGAUUCCAUUUCUUUUUGAUAAUUAUUGGUGAUAUUUUUCUUUGAAUUAUGUUUUGUAAUGUUUUGUUACCUUCAUUAAGCCCCCUGUCAAUUUUCUGAUUCUUAUUUAUUAUCAAUACAUAUAAAAGCAAUAGAGUAGGUGUAAGAACGUUAAGAGCACAAUCUUGUGUCAUUUUCAAAAUGAUGGGACAGUAAUGUGUUGCCUCCAUCUGUCUAAUUUUCCACUGAUGAAUCAUAAGUCUGACUUUAACUUGACACAAAUCGUACUCCAAUAAUGUAUCACUGCUGUACUUAUACACCAGAGAACAGCUCACUUAAAAAUGAGAGUUUGGUACCACCCAGAUUUUCUCCUCCAACCGAUAGUGAGACAUCAUGUCUUCAGUCAGCGGAUCGGAGUGAAAGCUGCUGGUAUCAGCCAGCUGAAGACUGAUCCGCAGCACUGCAGGGCAGCAGAGAGGCACUGAAAAGCAGACAAGUCACACUUUACGACAAAACUGGACUCAACGUUGCCACCCGUGGGGGUUUGGGUCUCAAUGUGAAUCUUCUGAGCCUCGGAGAUGGAUGGGGUCUUGGGAAAGCACCGUCUAGCUCCUUACAUGUAGGUGUGUAUCAGCAUGCAUCUUCACUCUGUCAACUGUGCACAGUGCACGGGAAAGCACACUGGAAAAUGGUGUCAAAAAGAGAGAAAAAUAUCAGAACUCAAGUGACUGAGGAACCAAAAACAUCACACUUGGUCAUGUCACAAAGCCACUCGCCUUUUUUAACUUUUCAUUUUCUAUCGUGGUGCCGUCCAGGCCUGCAACCCAACCCCCAAAAAACCUCGCUCUCAGACUGUCAGUUGUCAUGGAUACUUCUCAGGUCAGUGUUCUCCCUGCUGUUGCUCCUGCAGUGCAUUGUGGGAUCUGCGGUUUGGUACUCAAAAAGUACUCUGUCGGGCCAAAUAUUGUGAGGCCUUCAAUGAACCAACCGACUUCUGCUGUAUAUUGUCUGUGUGA